UCUUAAAACUGAUAAUCUGAAUGUUGAUGGUACCAAUUCAAAGUAAGGUAGAAAGAAGGGAACGAAGAAGAGAAGAAAGAGCUCUAAUAGCAGCAAGAAUAGAAAAAGGUGUUGUAAAAACCUUAUUGGAUAGGCUUAAACAAGGUGUAUAUCAAGAUUUAUAUAAUAUUUCACCACAGACAUUUGAAGAUGCUGAACAAGAGAAAGAAUUAGAAUCAGAAGAAGAAAUAGAGCAAGAAAUCGAAAUGGAAAUCGAAGAAGAAGGACCAGAAUUUAUAGCCGCUGAAUCAGCUGAUGAAGAUAGUGAUUUAGAAAGUAAUAGUGGGAAUCCACAAUCAGUUGAUCUAGACAGUAGUUUUGAAUCAUUGAAGAUUUAGCACCAAGUUCAUCUAAAAAAAGUACAACACCUAAAAAGAACAAAUUUGGAUCUACUAAGAAAAGACCCAGAGUGGAAAUAAAAUAUGAAAGAGAAGCACCUCAAAGACAGAGUGUUCAUUAAACAAAAGAAAUAAAUUGUAAAUUAUAACAACUAGUUCAUAAACUUUAUUCUUCUAACUGGGAUAG